GUUAGUUUGUUGAACGAGUAUACGCACUGAAAAAAGGAUGGAACAACCACGCCAUGUAUGUGUGAUCACCAUCUCCGUGAUCCUGGCCCUGGUCCACGGGGGACUGGCGCAGGAUCUGCGGAACGUGACGGAGCCCAAGACCCCGGAGACCUGCAUCUCUCUGAAGGCAAGCGGUGGAGACGACACUGAAGUCAUCCAGAGUGCCCUCAACAACUGCACCCAGGGGAAAGCCGUAGCGCUCUCCUCGGGCAUAUUCAAUGCUGGGCACUUCAAGAUACCGUCCGGCGUGAGCCUUCUUGUGGACAGCAACGUGACCUUGAAGGCCAUACCCAAUCCGAGAUUAUACGGUCCUAGUACUUGCGGGACUCUGAACAGCGUCGGUGGUGGAUGCUGGCCUUUCAUCGAGAUCACUGGAGCUAAGGGGAGUGGGAUCUACGGUAAAGGCACAAUAGAUGGUCAGGGCGACCAGAUAUUGACGGGCAAAAACCACACGUGGUACGAUCUGAUAAUGAAUUCAAGUUCGACCAAACGCCACAAUAAUCCUCGACUGGUGAAGAUUAAGAACUCUGAAGAUAUAACUCUGUACCAGAUCACGCUGAAGAACUCCCCCACCUUUCACCUUACCACCGCCGACACAAACGGCUUCACUGUUUGGGGCAUCACUAUCAAGGCCCCUGCGAGCGUGGGAAACACAGACGCCAUCGACCCGACAGGAUCACAGAACGUGACGAUCGCCCAUUGCAAUAUAAGUGUCGGCGAUGACAACAUAGCCAUCUCAGCCGAACAUGCUCCAGCACGAUACAUUUCUGUCCUGAACAACUACUUCGGCUCUGGGAACGGCAUGUCAAUAGGUAGCGGAACGCACAAAGGAGUAAGUGACGUGUUGGUUUCUGGCCUCACACUAAGCAAGACUACCAAUGGAAUUCUGAUAAAGACCGACCGUACUGAUGGCGGAUUGGUGACUCGCAUCACCUACGACAACAUUUGUGUUUAUGGUGCAGUUAAGCCCAUUAACUUGGACAUGACAUACUUUGGUUUUGUUGGUGCCCGUGAGGCAGAAUACCGUAACAUAACCUUCAACCAUGUGAGAGUGGUCACCAAGGGUACUUACAAAUUCAAUGGUCUCAGUGCGUCGAACCCAAUCAUGGUCACGAUGAACGAUGUACACAUUGCUAAAGGUUCUAAAUGGCAUGCCAAACACAUCAACAUAACUGGCAAUAUUUUAGUUGACGCUUCAGGGCAUUGUGGAUGGGCUGGCAAUAAUAAUUAAUUAUAUUUAUGUAAAAAUUCUAUGGUAAGCAGUCAUAUUGACCUUAUCAAGUUGAAACACCAUAUCCAACUAUAUUUCUAUUGGAAUUAUUUUAUGAAAAUGAUAUUAAUGUAUUUUCUUAGUAGAAGUGUAAGGUUAUGUGAUUUUAAUUCAGCAAUCGGGUUAAUAAUUGAUCCCGAUAGGCCUAUGUAGAAUAAACAAUUGCAGUCUAUUCUGGAGAUGCUUAGUGAAGUGUGGAUGGUGCAUAUAUCAUUUAAUAGUAGUCUCUUUCAUACAAUGUGACAACUAGUAACAUAAUUUGAAUCAUUCUAUUAAGAUGUUCAUCUCGUUUGUAGCACUGAAGCAAUGUCGGUGUAAAAUGGUAAAACAUAUAAAACAUGUAAGUGUCAAAGUUUUUAUCACAAAAUCUAGAAAGUGGUAUUUGAAUUUUUCUGUAUGUUUUCCUGCCUUUGUAAAAAAAUAUAAACUUUUCAAUUAAAAAUA